AUGGACGCCUACCCCCAACCCUAUGUCGCCAAUAACUUCCCAUUUAUCCUGCUUUGUGGCCUCGAGGCCGAUGACACCCACGUGGAAUCGCACACAAAUGAUUCACCAUCUCCGUAUCCGCUUCUGAAAGAGAACGGCAUUCUAAUAGAGUCCGAUUUCCCGCCAUUGGAGGGGGGAGUUGCGGAGGAAUUGCGGGAUGUAUUCCUUGCUGAAGAUGCGUCGCGAAGCCCUCAGGACGAUGUUUCUGGAGAAAGACCCGGGGUCGAAUAUAAAAUAAAGUCUGUUGGACGGAAUUACAGACUCCCUCCGCGCAAGGCGAACCCUCCCCCUAAAUCUCCACCCAUGAGUCCGACGGCUAGUCAAGACCAUAGCGGACACCAUAGAUCUUCCCUUAUCCUUCAUUCACCUAUAUCCCCGUUGACACCCAGCUCCCCAACGUUUCCUGACGGCAUAAUGACACCUCUGUGGGCUGCAAAACACCAGGAGCUGGUUCCGGCUGCAGUGAUAAACUUCUUCCCGUUUUGCCUUGAUUCAACCAUGAGCUCUUUGCGUGAUAAUCAACUGAAGAUAGAAAUAAACAGCCUGAGAAAAGAGUGGUCCACCUCUGGCUACAAGACCCGCUUCGUUGUCGUUCUUCUGCCAGAGGAAACUAACGCUGAUGACCUGGGAGAUGUCGACGAGCGGAUCAUGGGGAUUCGGCGAGCAACCAAUUUAGAGCAAAAAUCGAUAUUCAUUCUUCCACCCGACGUGAGCUCCGAGGAGCUGAGAGAAUUCACAAAGUCUCUACUCUCCCUUUUACAGCCCUCGUUGAUGGAAUAUUAUCGGGAUCUAUCCAAACACGCUCGGAGAAAAAGAAAUAGGGGCAGUAUACCACCCCCAACAGCCCCGCCAACGAGUGGAACCUCUCAAACAUUGUCGCUUCAAGGAUGGAAUACGCGGUACGAAUUCAAGAUGGGGAUAUUUGCGGAAUUUAGGCAGGAAAUAGAUGCGGCCCUUAAAAAUUACGAGAGUGCAUACGAUACCCUGUUUGGGGAAGAGGUUUUUGAAAACAUCGCUGGCUGGGAUCCGAAGUUUAAUGAUGCCCGACUGUUAGCGGACACCCUUGCCAUACGCAUAAUUCGUUGCCUACUACAUACCGGAUAUACGACUUCUGCGGUACGAGCAUGGGUAUAUCACCGGAGUCGCAUACAGGACAUUGUGAACAGGCGAGGGAAGGGGACGAGGAACUACGGCUGGGAAGCUUGGGAAGCUAGGUGGUCACUGGUGAUGGCUCAGCUCAUUCAUCAAGCUCAGAUUCCACAGUUGACAUCUGUUGGAAUUUCCCAGGAUCAGUAUAAUGAGCACAACUCGAUAUUCGUCCCGCACGAAAAGCCGCAUCCUCCUGGGAAUGAAAUCGCACCGUGGGAACAGCUUCACCACGAAGGAUACUGGUUAUAUCGUUCAGCAAAACAUACCGUGUACCGGCGAGCCUUGGCGGAGAAUAUCCCUCCGGAAGAUCGGAUACCACCAGGACAGGCUCCUGCAUCUCAGAUAGCUAACAAGGCUUACCUUUAUGACACAUAUCUUGCACCAGAAUCUCACGUUGAAGCUUCGCAGACCGGAACUGGUGGGUUUGACCAUUCAUCAUUGAUAUUGGAUGCUCUCAAGGCGGCACUGGCCGAAUUCUCAAAAAGAAAUCAAGUACGAAUGACAGAGAGUCUUAGUCUGGAGAUCGCAGAGGAGUACAUGCGUAUGAACUCGUGGGUAGAGGCUUACGAAACUCUCCGUCCGCUUUGGUCGGCCCUUACUUGGCGGCAUUCUGGAUGGUGGUAUCUUAUGGAGAAGUUUGCCUGGGCCUUGAGAGAAUGUGCGCUGCGAGUCAAAGAUAGUGAAACCGUCUUAAGGGUUGAUUGGGAAUUGAUAAACUGGGCGCUCCCGCCGCGGCCUAACUGGCAUUACGAUAUUCACCGAAGUCUGGAAGACCUCCCGUCAGAAAAGCCAAAGCCAUCUAUUGUGGUUAAAGCGGAGGAUAUUGUCUCGAGCGUCAUCGCAACCUUUGUCUUCCAGAAAGCCGAAGGCAAUGUUGGUGAACCCUUACAAGGCCAGCUUGUACUGAGGUCCUGUGCCCAGAAGUCGUCGGCCCCCAUUCGCUUUGCGGUACUUAAACUCGCUUUUGAGGGCUGCCUUCGUCCAAUGCGGUUACAUUCGGAUCAGAAUACAGAUACAGACACCGUUACUCCAUGCAUUAUAUCAUCACCUUCACUGCGCGAUCCGAGCGCUACUUCUGAUUCAUCUGUUCUUCAGUCACCCACAAGUGGGCUGACUGCGCUUACUGGGAUCGCGGACCUUACUAUCGGGCCUUCCCAAACGAAAGUGUAUAAUUUGACAUCUAUCCCUCGGGAAGCAGGAGAAUCUCGGGUGGCUUCAGUGGCUCUACUGGUUGCGGAAGAGGCAUUUGAGCUCACGUGUGCUAUCACGGAUCUGACUCAACAAGAAUCAUCCUGGUGGCAGGAAACGGCAAAGGGGCCAACUCGUAGGCGGGUUGGCAAGGGCCGUGAUAUUAACCGCUGCAAGAUCCUACCGAAACCGCCUAAGAUUCGACUAACAGUUCCAAACAUUAAGAACGUUUAUUAUACGAAUGAACAUAUUGUCCUCAACCUUCUGAUCGAUAAUGGGGAAGAUGAGGCUGCCGAUGUUAUUGCUGAGACCAGAUUAUUCGGCAGCCCUGAUUCUUCAGCUAAGAUUUCGUGGCUCGAUGAGGAUACCUCUUCUAAAUCUGGAUCUAAUACACCGGUAGAAGAAGCAUCUCACUUUGUCAAGCGGUCGAUUGGGACCGUACAACCCUUUUCCCAACGUGAACUACCGGUUGUUCUUUCUAAUACCGAGAGCAGCUUUGAAUAUGAGCUCGAGGUGUCCGCCGUGUACAAUCUCGUCUCUGACGUCCAAACUCCCAUAAUCGCUACUACACGGUUAACCGUGCCCAUAAUUCGACCAUUCGAGGCAAAUUAUGAGUUCCUGCCUCGACUUAGUCCGCUGCCAUGGCCGGACUUUUUCGCGGUUGCUGAUGACUUGAUCAGAUCUCAGCAGGACUCGAAGCCGGGAGGGCUGCAGCAAAGGUGGUGCCUUGACACAAAGGUCGUUUCUUUUGCCCGUGAGCCGCUGGCUAUCGAGAAAAUGUCUGUUGUCGUGUUGAGCCUCAACGGUGGUGCUUCCUCUGAAAUCGGAUUUGAAGCAGUCGUCAGUCCGGACGAGUUAGUGAUUCGUCCUGAAGAGCUUCGCCACUCCAAUUUCAUCUUGGAUAUCCGGAAGCUUGUUUUGGGUGACCGGCGGCCCACCGCACUUAACCUCGCUCUAGAAAUCCAAUGGCGAAGAAGUGAAAGUGGCUCGUCUCCUGCAAGUGGCGACCUAACAGUAACUACACUCGAAAUACCGCGGUUUGUGAUACCAGCUGGUGAACCCCGCGUACUCGCCUCUGCCAUUCCAUCACAUAAGCUUUCUGGGCUGAUACACAUGGAGUACACCUUGGAAAACCCGUCACUGCACUUCCUUACAUUCAACCUGACCAUGGAGGCUAGUGAGCAUUUUGCCUUCAGUGGCCCAAAGACAAUGGUCGUCCAGCUAGCGCCUGUGAGCCGACACACCAUCUGUUAUAAUUUGUUGGCUUCCAAAAGAGGCUUAUGGAUCCAACCACAACUCCUCGUUGUAGAUACAUAUUUCAAUAAGUCUCUACGGGUGCUCCCGACGGAAGACAUGCGGUCAGAUAAAAAGGGAAUCCUGAUAUGGGUUGAUGCCGAGGAUUAA